GAAAAGAAGCUUCGAAUGGAUCUAGAGAGAGCAAAGAGGAAGCUUGAGGGAGACUUAAAGUUGUCCCAAGAGAGUGUGAUGGACCUAGAAAAUGACAAACAACAGCUAGAAGAGAGGCUUAAAAAGAAAGAUUUUGAGAUCAGCCAACUCAAUAGCAAGAUUGAAGAUGAGCAGGCCAUGGCAGCCCAGCUCCAGAAGAAACUGAAGGAGCUGCAGGCUCGAAUUGAAGAGCUUGAAGAAGAGCUGGAGGCUGAGAGAGCUUCUCGUGCCAAAGUUGAAAAGCAGAGGGCAGAUCUGUCCAGAGAACUGGAGGAGAUCAGUGAGAGGUUGGAGGAGGCUGGUGGUGCCACUGCUGCCCAGAUUGAGAUGAACAAGAAACGUGAAGCCGAGUUCCAGAAACUGCGCAGAGACCUUGAAGAGGCCACUCUGCAACAUGAGGCCACUGCUGCUACACUGAGGAAGAAACAUGCAGACAGUGUGGCUGAUCUGGGAGAGCAGAUUGACAACCUUCAGAGAGUGAAGCAGAAGCUUGAGAAAGAGAAGAGUGAACUCAGACUGGAACUGGAUGAUGUGGUCUCAAACAUGGAACAGCUUGCCAAAGGCAAGGCAAACCUUGAGAAACUAUGCAGGACCCUUGAAGACCAGAUGUCUGAAUACAGAACAAAAUUUGAGGAGGGACAACGUAACAUCAAUGACUUUACCAUGAAAAUAGCUAGGCUGCAAACUGAAAACAGUAUGUACUUUAACAGGGUAUAAAAUUGUCCUAUGUGAUCCCACAUUGUUUUUUGUUUUUUUUAAUGUGAUGGUUAUAUUCUCAUCUAGGUGAGCAGGCUAGACAGCUUGAAGAGAAGGAUUCCUUAGUCUCUCAGCUAACCAGGAGUAAACAGUCUUAUACCCAGCAGAUAGAAGACCUCAAAAGGCAACUUGAAGAGGAAGUCAAGGUAUUUCAACUUCCCAUUCCCUUUUAUGCUGGCUGCAUUAUUUGUCAUAAAGUAAUGCUAUGAUACAAGGAGAGUCUCCUCAAAGCAACCAUCGGUCAAGUGAUUUGACCUAUAAUGAAAGCUCAAUAGUGAAGGCACAAAGAUUGCUCUCUAGGUGUUGGACCAUACAGCCUUUUAAUUACUAGCUCAGAUAGUGGUCUACCCCACCCAAAAUUAAAGCUUAUUUGAAACCAAAGUCCAGCAACUACUAGG